AUGGCCAUCCUCCUCAUCACUUUCUCGCAGUUCAACUUCGGCUUUGACCAGCAGGGCUUCUCUGCCUCGCAGGCCAUGGACUCGUUCGCCAAGCAGUUUGGCGACUACGACCCGGUCAAGAAGACCUGGGCCCUGUCCGCUGUGUGGUUGUCGUGGUUCAAUGGCAUCAACUAUGCCGGCCAGGCCGUCGGUGUUGUGCUCGGCAGCUGGGUGAGCAACCGCUACGGCCGCCGCAUGUGCAUGUUCACCAUGAGCCUGUGGGCGGUCGUCUGUGCCAUCAUCAUCAUCACUUCCAGGACGCGCGAGCAGAUUCUUGUCGCUCGCAUCCUCAACUACAUUUACAUCGGCAUGGAGCUCGCCGUCGUCCCAGUCUUCCAAUCAGAGAUUGCUCCUCCACAGGCGCGAGGCUUCAUUGUCGGCACGUACCAGAUCAGCUUGAUGUUUGGAGGUCUCAUAGCCAAUCUCGUCGCGCGAGGCACCGACGGACUUCCGGACAACCAGCCUUGGAUGAUUGUCCUUGGGCUGUUCUUCGUCGUUCCUUCAAUUGUCAGCGCACUGGUUUGGUUCAUCCCAGAGUCACCUCGAUGGCUCUUGAUGAAAGAUCGCCCGGAAGAAGCGAUGUCUGUACUCCGACAACUACGCGAGGGCAAGUUCAGCGAAAGCGAGAUUGAAGCCGAGUACGCCACGAUUGCAAAUGCGCUACAGAACACCGUUGCUCAGGGCAGCUUUAUGGAUAUCUGGCGCGGCAGCAACCUGCGACGGACAUGGAUAGUCAUUGGCGCCAACGUCUUUCUCCAGGCCACGGGCCAGCUCUUCAUCUCGCUCUACGGCGCCCUCUUUGUCAAGUCGCUGGGCACGGUGAAUCCGUUCACCAUCACUUGCGUCAUCGCUGCAACCAAUGUCUCGACUGCCGGUUUGUCUAUGCUCCUCACAGACCGUCUAGGUCGUCGAACCAUGAUCCACAUCGGCGCCACCAUCCAAGUCAUCGCAGUCAUGACCAUGGGCGCCCUCGGCACUGUGACGCCGUCCACCUUUGCCAUCAAGACGGGCAUCAUCACGACAAUGGUCAUCUUCAGCUUCGGCUACUCGUUCGGCUGGGCGCCGACCUCGCACACGCUGUCGGCCGAGGUGCCCAGCACGCGCGCGCGCGACAUGACGUACCGCACAGCCAGCGUCAUCAACAUCUCGAUCCAGUGCGCCAUCGGCACCUCGAUGCCGUACCUGCUCAACGCGCCGUACGCCAACCUCGGCGGCAGGGUCGGCUUCAUCUUCGGGUCCAUCGCCGCCGUCUCGCUCGUCUUUGCGUACUUUUGCGUGCCAGACUGUGCCGGCCGGAGCCUCGAGGAGCUGGACUAUCUCUUUGCGAAUAAUGUCCCGGCGCGCGAGUUCCGCUACGCCAAGGUUGAUUUGCAGGCGAGCGCGAUUGAAGAAGGCAAGCUGGGCGGCAAGGCUGGUGUAGUCUCUGCCGAGCAACAUGUGCGGGACGAUUGAGAGGUGGUGACUGUGAUUUAGGUGGAGGGGUAUAUCUUCUGACAAUAGGAUGCGAUCAAACUGCCACUAUGGGAUCCUAUCACCACCUUAGGCUUCUUAGACAGAAAGAGCAAGUGAUUAUACGAAUGGAUUUGUGCUGCAAUGAGAUCAAGAUAGCAUCGAAAGUUGGAGUCAAAUACCCGACUUAG